AUGGCUGCUACAGCAGAAUGGAGCGACUUGAUGCAGCGCAAAGGUUUGGAAGGACUAGAAGUGCAAAAGAUGCUACAAGACAAUGUAUUCUGGCAUGAUGGAAAAGAGCUAACAAAUGCAAUUGAACCUCUUGUCAAGGUUAUGAAGAUGGUAGAUAGCAAUCGAUCCACGUCAGGAUACAUAUAUAAGGCCAUGCAUAAAGCUAAAGAAGCAAUCAAAGAAGUUUUUAAGGAAGAAGCUUUUAAAUUUAUGCCUUUCUGGAAAGUCAUUGAUGAUGCAUGGAAUAAUCUUCUACGUUGCAACAUUCAUGCAGCAACAGCUUAUCUAAGUCCUCAUUUGUUUCAUGACAGAUGUGUGAAGUUGGAUUCUGAACUUAAAGUUGGAGUAGAGAAGGUUAUUCAGAGAAUGGUAUCUUGUAAUGAUGAGAGAAUGAAGAUAGCUGAAGAACUCAGAGAUUAUCAUCUACUGGAUUCCCGUAUUUUUGGACUUAUGGCCGUCAAUUCGGUCCCUGGUUUACAGAGCUUGGCAAUUAAAGUGCUUAGCCAACCUUGCAGCUCCUCAGCAUUCCAGAGAAAAUGGAUGCUUGAUGUUCCGCAUACAGAAAAGACAGAGGAGUUAGAUCCUAUAAAAUUGCAAGACUUACUGUAUGUGAGACUGAAUAUGCACUUAAUGACGACCUCAAAACCAAGGAGCAACGACUCCAUGGCAAUUAAUGUUGACAAAAUUGUGGCUUUUCCAGAUGAGCUGGAAGGCCUUGACCUCCACAAAGAUUGGGGGAUUAGUGAUGAUAAAGUACUAGUAGAAGAGGAAGAAAGUGAGGAUGAUGUUGGCAUUCAAUCGACAGCUUUAAUGAUUGAUAUGGACAUGGUGGACAGAGAUGAACUGAAGCAGCACAGUGUGCUUGCUACCAGUUUUUGA